GCUAUUUUCGGUGGCUUCGGCUGCGUUCACACUAAGUCUGAAGCUCGUCUCGCCCUGACGCGCGUAACGCUUUUUUCCCGCAUUUCCUCCACACUCAUUUGGCGCUGAAAAAUCCAACCCAACAAAAAACAAAAAAGGAUGCACCAAAUCGAAUUUGCAACAAUAAACCGAAGCUGCAUCUAACCGGAUAGCACAACUUAAUAUUGAUUUAACUCUCCUUCCAUGUGAAAACGAAAAUAAAAAUAGUGCGCGAAUAAAUAAGCAGAAUAAUUGAAAUGGGCCUAGCCCAAAAUACAACUUUUUCGUUUCUUUUUAAAUAGUUUAUUUUGCAUUAACCAAUGAAGUAUAUCGAAUGGCGGCGACAUUUACUCAAAGUAAAUAGUUCAAGUGAAAAUUGUGCAAUAAUUUAGAGAAAUUUCUAUGAGAAAUUCAUAAGUGAGCUCUGAUAAUAAAUAGCCAUUAAAUGAGAAAUACAAAAUGUUAUGCAACUUCAAGUUACACAAAUAAUUCAAAAAUACGAAACCAAUCACAAAUUCUGCUCUUUGAACGGAAAACAAAUACCACAGAACGCGCAGUACAUACACAGAUGUAUAUGCUCGACUAUAUAUAUAAAUAUACAAAAGGAUGUGUGUAUAUAGAGGAGCCUGAGACCUAGAAAUAAGGAGGGCAACGAAUACUACAAACAUUGGAUUACAUUUUGCCGCCAAGUUUAGGCUUGAGAAGACAAUAAAACCCACCAAAACGAACAGGAACGAAUCUGAAAUAAUAAUCGCAGUCGAAAUCUGAAUGCCCACCUGACCAGGAGCAGGAAACACCUACCUAUACCCGCGGCACCUGGGUACUUUUACCCACGCACGCAAGCGCAGGCUCCCCGAAAAUUAUAUAUAGCACCAAAUCCACCCAAAAAAACACACACAAAAAAUUAAGACAAUAAAGGAAGACCGAAGGCGGAAGACGGAGCUGCCGAAAUUGCUUUUACUUUGAUUUCAUUUCGCCAAUUGUUUCAAAAUGUGGAGGAAGGCGAGCGGGAUGGUCAGGGAGACCUCCUCGUGGAAAACGCGUCGUCAGGGACGAACGGAAGCCCCAACAGCAGCAACGACAACAACAACACCUACAUCAAACAGGACAAGGACACACACGACCCAAGGAUUAAUCAUCACAUGGUCGCAGUUGGCAGUUGUUGCUGCUGUUGCAGCACUGCUCAACUCCUCAGAUUGUCAAGCCGGACGAGCACCUCCGGAGCCCUACUACGGCAGCUACGUCGGAGAGUUUACCAACUUUGCCCAUGGCAUCAAGGGCCGAAUCUAUGCGGUGGACGAGUCGACGCUGUUUGUCAAAUCCUUCGCCUACGACGGCACCGGACCGGACGCCUUCUUCUGGGUGGGCAAGACGCCUCGACCGAGUCCCGACGGCUACAUCAUACCCUAUCCGGAGGAGUACAUGGGCAUGGAUCCACCCAUCCUGCAGGCGCACAACGGAACGGACAUCCUACUGCGCUUACCCAUGGGCAAAAGGAUUAAGGACAUUCGAUGGCUGUCAGUGUGGUGCAGACGCUUCACGGUCGACUUUGGCGAGGUGUUCAUUCCAACGAACCUGGGUGUGCCCAAGCCACGGGUUCUGCCCGAGUUCAAGCGCCUGGCCCACGGUCUGCGUUCGAGCAACAUCAGCGUGCUGGACGCCAGGACUUUUUACAUACCCAACCUGCACUACGACGGAGCCGGACCCGAUGCCUACUUCUGGGUGGGCAACGGCAGUGAACCGAACAUCAUGGGCAUAAAGGUGCCGAACGAGGUGGGUUCCCUGGAACCGUUGCGUGGCUAUCAGGGCGAGGACAUCGAGAUCCAGCUGCCCGCCAACCUCACCGUCUACGACAUCGACUGGCUGGCCGUGUGGUGUGUGGAGUACCGACACAACUUCGGACAUGUCUACAUUCCGCGGGACCUGGACGUUCCGCCGGCCUUGGGCCAGACCAAGAUCACGCCAUUAUGGUGGUAUUCACCCACCACGACCACCCCGCGGCCUGCCGUGUACAGCAACUGUCGCGAGAUCCUGCCAAAUCGGCUGCAGGUGAAGUGGGAGCUUCAGGGCGAACACCUGCUGGUGGAACUCUUCGGACGCAUUGCCGAGAACCAGUACAUGGCCUUCGGACUGUCCGGGGCGAACGGCCGUCCCCAGAUGGCCCAGUCCGACGUGGUGGUGGCCUUCUAUGACACCAAUGCUCGGGUCUUCCGGGCGGAAGACUACUUCAUCUCAGACUUGUCUCAGUGCGACGGGCAGAGAGGAGCCUGUCCAGAUGAGCGGAUCGGGGCCCGCAACGAUGUAAUAGUUGUGAGCGGCGACAGAAAGAACGGAGUCACCAGCAUCCGAUACAAGCGCCUGCUGCAAACCAACGAGGCCAUCUACGAUGUACCGAUUCCCAUUGAUCGCGAGGUUUCCGUGAUUGCCGCCAUAGGACCCCUCAACGCCCGGAAGGAGGCCAACGCCCACUCGCACACCGCCAGCGACCACAACCAGGACGACAUUCGCAUUAACUUUGGAGCUCGGAAUGACCACGCCUGCAAGAGUUCGCUGUAUGACGUGAAGGACGAGACCGGACCCAAGCCUUGGCCCACGCGCAAAAUCCAGGGCGUCAGGAAGUUCCGGGCCAGCAUUGGGCCCACGGGCGGCAAGCGUGGCUACACGCCCAUCACCGGAGUGCCCUCGUGGGGCAUUGCCUGGUACGUGAACGAUCUGCUGAUCCCCGAGAUCACAGUGGAGCGUGGCCAGACCUACGAGUUUAUUAUCGAGGGCGGCAACGAUCCCUCAAUGCCAGCCAGAUAUCAUCCGUUUUACAUCACGGACUCGCCGGAGGGCGGACUGGGUCAGAAGGUGGGUCUGGAUGCCCGCAAGCAGAAGGCUUACGCUGGAGUGGAGUACGACGAGGAUGGCGAUGCUAUUCCCACUGGAGGUGGUCGCUAUUGCGAGUGGGAACAUCAGACCGUUGACCGUUCGCUGGAGAUCGAAACCUUCGAGGAAUACAUGAAGACACUGGAGUAUAAGUGCGAGGACGGCGAGCCGGGCUAUCUCAACUGGACGGUGCCCAUGGAUGCUCCUAACCAGCUGUACUACCAGUGCUUCACUCACAACAAUCUGGGCUGGAAAAUCAACGUCGUCGACAUGGGUGCCUCUGGCGGAUCCAGCGUCGGCGUUAACCUUAUCGUUUUUAUUGGCCUGGUUGCGACACGCCUGCUACUGACUGGCCGCGUGCUUGCCUGAUAGUUCUCUGGCCUUGGUCAGUAAAUUGGUUUAAAUUCUAGGUUUACUUAGGGGCAUCGACAGACCAGGUUCCCCGGCAUCAACCGAGCACAUAUCCAGCUCCCUACAUAUCCCUUAACACAACGACGUAUCCCGCUUCUUGCGACGAAUUUAUGAUUUCAAUUCCAUGAUAAUGAUGCCCGGACCUGUGUCUCCGUCGAGGGCCUGGGGUUCGGGCCAGUGGUAGACUAGGGCGACUUUCACAACCAGGCUAAUAUCAUCUGACAAAAACAUAUCUUGACAAUAAUUCGUAAGACGUAAAAGUGUUGAAAAUUGAGUGUGCAUGCGUGAGAGGGUCCACUGUGCACGGUACAGGGUGCAGUGGGCCAUAGAAUGGGUGUGGGGCCACCGCCGGAGAGCAUAUAUCCAGGCGGUGGCAACAGAAUUUUGGCGGCAAGGCGCGAUAACUUUUUGUACAUUUUACGAGUAUGGAAUUCUACUUUUUUACAUGUAUACUUAUUCAAUUUACUUAUACAUAAAUCUACGUCUCUAGCGCAGUAAAAUGUAAUUUUCUAGCAACAACUACAAACGAAAAUCCCUUCGCUACAUGCCUAGAGAGACCCAACAUGGUUCUACGCCAAAGUGUAAGCCGACAAUAAUGAGGUGACACUGCGACAAUAAACGAACAAGCGAUAAUAAUAAUUAUAAUGCAAAUAAUGUGAACAAAACACAAUAAAUACCUACGUUUAGACAUUGUACAAUAACAAACACAAUUAUAAGGAGGAAAAGAGAGUGUAGAAAGGGCAGAAUCUGAGGCAAUUUGUAUGACAAUAAUAAUAUCUACAGAAUUGUGAAUUUUUGAGAAGGGUCUCGUUGGCGGACAAUACAAUACUUUUACACAAUUUAAAUGUACUAAGGAAACACUAAUUGAUAAUUGAAAAUACCCAACAAACAUAUGUUAUUUAAUGCUACUGACACUAACUACUGUGGUGCUUCUUGUAACGAUAUUAGACGAAAUGUAAAUCACGCUCAAUGCGGCUUUUGUUAUUUACGGACGACAAUGCUGAUGGAUUUCUUGAAACCUUUUUAACUAUAUUUGCGUAAUUGGUGUUUUUACAUAAGCAUGAUAUAUAUGUAUAUGUAUAUGUAUAUUCGUACGUGUUUACAAUAAGCGAUAUGUUAAUACCGAAAAGCAGCGACAAGCAACUAAGAUGUACGACAAUAAAGAGGAGCAUAGAGGUUAGUUGAGAGAAAUCGAACAUAUAGGAUACUAUAAAGUGGGAUAAAUAUGCA